AUGGCUUCUUUAUCUUCCGACUUAAAUGGCACUCAGGUGACUGACGACAACAAGGUUGCACCGAUGAUUUCCACAGAGGCACCGCAAGAAACGUCUGACGCUGAAAAGAACAUAACUGCAGUUGCAGAUGAAGCAGACGAGAAGAAAGAAUAUCCUACAGGAAUCAAGCGGAUUUUGAUAAUAUUGCCCGCUACUUUGUCUUUCUUUCUUGUCUUUCUUGACCUGGCCGUCGUAUCUACUGCUACACCAGCCAUCACAUCGAGCUUCCAGUCCUUAGUCGACGUCGGUUGGUACGGCGGGGCGUAUCAGUUGGGAGGUUCAGCUUUUCAACCCUUGAGUGGCAAGAUAUAUCAACACUUCUCGGCAAAGUGGUCGUUUCUUGUCUUCUUUGGCAUAUUUGAGCUCGGCUCACUGCUAUGCGGAGUUGCUACAUCCUCGUCCAUGUUCAUCAUUGGAAGAGCCAUUGCUGGUGUGGGAUCUUCGGGCCUGUCCACGGGGACUUUGACCAUCAUCUCGUGCAUCAUGCCACCUAAAGAGCAGGCCAAAUUCUUGGGCGUUAGCAUGGGCCUCGGCCAGCUGGGUAUUGCAUUGGGUCCCGUUCUUGGAGGCUUGUUCACUGAAUACGUUUCCUGGAGAUGGUUCGGUGUACCCAUCGCCGUACUCCUCAUUCUAUCCCGCAUUCCCGACUUGGAACCCAAGCCUCCUGCACGACAGGUCCUCGGUACAGCGAUCAAGUCUUUGGACCUUCCGGGGUUCCUACUCAUCAGCCCCGCCGCGGUAAUGUUCCUUCUUGGCUUGCAAUAUGGAGGAAACGAAUAUGCCUGGAACAGCUCUGUCGUCAUUGGCCUAUUAGUUGGCGGCGGCAUGACCUUUGUCGCGUUUCUGUUCUGGGAACAUCGCCAAGGAGACGGAGCUAUGGUACCGUUCGCCAUGUUGAAGCACCGAAUCAUAUGGUCUGCCGCAGGCUGUGCCUUCUUCCUUCUGGGUACUGUUCUCGUUGCCGACUUUUACCUGGCUAUAUACUUCCAAGCGGUCCAUGGAGAUUCGCCUUUUAUGAGUGGAGUUCAUUUGUUGCCCACAACUCUCAGUUUGGUUCUAUUCACCAUGAUCUCGGGAGUGAUGAUUGAAAAGCUCGGUUACUACCUUCCAUGGGUCACAGGAGGCAGUUCUAUCGCGGCCAUCGGGUAUGGGCUCUUGUCCACACUGAGUCCAACGACCUCUACAGCGAAAUGGAUUGGGUAUCAACUAUUUUAUGGAGUUGGUAGUGGAUCUAUGUCAUCAGGUCACUACAUUGCUGUCCAAAAUCUUGUACCGGCUCCCCAAAUACCCAUCGCCAUGGCAAUCGUUAUCUUCAUGCAAAAUAUGGGUGGUGCGAUAUUUCUAGUUGCAGCAAAUGCAGUCUUCAGCAACACUCUGCGGAAGGAACUACAACAGCGUGCCCUUUUGAUUGGAGUUGAACCAGACGUAAUUGUUAACUCUGGGCUGAACUCCAUCCGCAGGCUCGUCUCAGGGGAUCAGCUUCGCCACACGCUGCAGGCAUACAGUGAUAGUGUCGACACCGUCAUGUACCUCGGCAUCGGCAUCGGCUUUGCCACCUUUUCUUUUGCCUGGGGCCUUGGAUGGAAGGAUAUUCGGGUUGAGAGGAAGCUUAAAGCAUUGAAAUCUGAGGCCGAAGACCAGAAACAGAUACCUCGGAGAUAG